AAGCUAUUGUACGGCGAGGCAAAAGGAUCAUAAUUUGUGACUUAUUAUUAUUUUUUAAAUAAAGAAAUGUGAGAGCAACGUACUGACUAUUUCUCUUCAGUGCAUUGAUAUCACUGGACAUGCUGCCUCCUCCAGCAGUGUUUCACCUCCCGUGGGAGCUCAACACAGAUCUGGUGAAAGAUGGUGCAUCAGUGCGAACGCAUGGCAGAGCAUUUUUAGGAGUACUGGUAACGGACCGAUACCAGUAAAGGUAUGGGGACAUCCCUACUGCAUAGACACUGCUGCUUCCUCCCCCAUCUUCAGAAAAGGAUACUGCCAUUCCCUUCUGAUUCCUGUCAUGCUCCUAAUCAUGCCCCAAACAUCUCCCACAGACUUACAAGUUACCAGCCAGAGAAGUCCACCGCCAUUCUAAGUGCUAAGCAGUCCUCUGCACAGUUCCAUGUGUCUGUACAAACAACAUUUGUUGAACCUUUCCAGCCUAUAAUUGGAGCUCAGUAUCUUGUACUUGGGGAGAUUGAAAAAGCUGAAGGAGUGAUUGGAGUUACACUGCAUGCUCGUGCUUUAAGUUGCAUUGAUGGAGUAGACCUCACACUACUGCAACGGGCCAUUAUGGACCAGAGAUGCUUCUUUAAGGAGCGAGAGACUGAGCUGAAUGUGCAUGCUCCCCACUGUGAAAGCACUUAACCUCUCAAAAGUAAAGAACUUGUAAAAUGUGAUUAUUGUAGAACUGUUUGUGUUGUUGCCUUUUUUUUUUCUUCUUUUUUUUUUUUUUCGACAAUUUGAGUGCAUGACUUUCUAUGUCAGCUUCUGAAAAGCAGUGUAUCAUCAGUCGGAUUUUUGCUAAAGCAAGAUGUGAAAAGAAUUAUGGAUUCUCAUUUGUUAUAAAGUAUCAAUGUUCAGCACAUACAAAAUAAAUGAAACCGCUUACUGGACACUACCUGAAGGAGUGAAUUCAGCCCUGUCUCUUUGGCCUAUUGGUAAGUUGAAUACAUUCACUAGAAACUGUUAAAAUCAAAAGGUAAUCAUCAUCAUCUUAAUCGUGCACUUAUUCAGAUUAUGUUAUAAUUAUGAAUGUUACAUGUCGUUUGUGUAUUUUUACCUCUGAGGGGUGACUGAGGGUCUGACUAUGUCAGAAAUCCAGUAACAGUGCUUGCUCAUUCCGCCCGGCUCCUAGAUGGCAUACUGUAUAUACUUGUGAGUUGUAAUUAAUUCACUGAACAUUGAUCAAAGUAAGAGUAAGAUCCAUUAAUAGAAGCUAUUUCUGAGGAGUCGCGUGACGCCAUGCGGGGGUCGGACGUGUGAACGUCGAGCUCUGCGCACUUUGCUAGUUUUGAAUUCUUUUUGUGUCCUAAACCGGUGAAAUUCGAUACACUCCGUUUCAUAACUGUUCUAUGAAGAAAAUAUGUCAAAGAAUUCUGGUGACAUUAAAAGACACUUACGUGCUCAAGCUGAUGGGACUCAAUUUGGAUGGUGCGGUGGGAGAAAUUCAACGUCAACUGGCGAGCAUGUCUGUGAUGCUGACGAAGGUUGUAGCGGACCUGUAGGAUCUUGCUGUAAUACGUUGAUCCAUUACGGCAAUGGAAGUGAAAUUCUCUGAGUUGGUUACAAGAUUGUCGGACGUCGAGAAACGGAUCGAUUAUCUGGAGUCAUCGGAGAGGGAAUUAGCUGCUAAUCCACUAGCGACCAAGGCAGAUUUGCAGUGCAUCUGGGAAAAGUUGGAAGACCUUGAAAAUCGUAAUUGGUGAAACAACGUCCGAAUUAUUGGAAUUCCUGAGCAUGAGGAAGUCCGAGAUAUGGUGAAAUUCUUAGACGAGCUCUUCCUGAGUCUGUUCGACAUAACAGGCCAUAAGCUGGAAAUCAAGCAAGCUCACAGAGUGCCGGCUCAGAGAUCCACUGAGGGAGACAGGCCCCGAUCAAUUCUGGCCAAAUUUCAGAGAUAAUCCGAUAAAGAUCUCGUGUUACGUGAGGCGAGGAGUAAAGGAAAGUUUUCUUAGAAGAACCACAGCAUUUUCUUGUUCCCAGACUUUGCGAAUUCGACAAGAGAGAAACGUGAUCAAUUCAAGGAAUGCAUGCAACACUUACAUCAGCGGAAGAUCACUUUUGCACUGAUGUUCCCGACCGAAUAGAGAAUAGAUACUAAGGAUGGCCGCAAAGUAUUUACAUGCCAACAACAAACGAUGUCUUUCAUAAAGUCAAUGGAAUGA